UUUCGCUUUUUCUUAAAACGAGCUGGGUUAGACGAGCUGAUCCCAAACCAGCAGGAAACUCCCAAACCCGUUAGUCUUGGCGGUUUAUUUUGAUUGUACAUUACUCACCCCGACAAUGUAGCUGCUCGACUCACGAUAAAACCCUGUCUCUUACUCGCGUUCAUUUGAUUAUUUUUUAAAUUGGAAAGCUAUAAACAUUGCUGUAAAAUGGAUGAACAAGCGCGGGCUAUUUUACAGCGGAUUUUACGCAAACUCCCCAGCAAAAAGACUCCGAGCACCCUGAGAGCCUGGGGUUGUUUAUCAGCUGAACAGCUCGAGGAUCUGGACUACACUCAACCAAAAUGGCUGCUUUUGGAAAAUUUAAUCUCUAAAUGUGAGGAAAGCGGGCUGCGUUUAAAAGACGUGACGAAGCUGGAGAUGGUCUAUCACAUAGAGAACCCAAAUCAAGGAAAAUGGCAUGCGUUUAAACUCACUGAACCAGAAGAUGAAGCUGUUUCUGUGGAUUUCACCCAGUUUAAGGAGAUGUUCGUGGCUCAUUUGGAGGAAGUCGUCCAACAUGUAUCCAUCCGGAUGAAGAAGCAGGAAGACGGUGCCGUAUGGAUCCGGAUGGCGUGGGGUGAUAAUCUGACCAGACCCAACCACCUGAAACCAACCUACGCUGUUCAUUACCUCCAGACUCCCUACGUCUUCAUCCUGAACCUCUCAGCCAAGCACAAGCCUUUUCUCUAUCAGGCUUUAGUUCUGUCCAGCAGACACACCUCCAUAAACGAGGCUCACCUGAGUGGCAGGAGCCUCACUGCCAUGCGAGACCUGCUCAUGAAGCAGUACCAGCAGGUUUUCCCAAAUCAGGAACGGACCUUAAAGGAAAGGAACGCACCUCCUUCACAUCCUAAUAUUGAAAAGGAGCAUGCUGAGUCGGCUGAGAGAACACAUCAGAUGGCCUGCGAGGCUUUCGGUGACGGGACGGUGCCGAAACUGGAAACGGCCGUGUACAAGCUUGAAACCAGGUACCGAGGCAGCAGCAACGACACCCUGAGUGAUCGAGAUGAGCUCUUCAGAGGCGUGGUCAAGUUCUCCAGCCCCAACCUCCUGGAGUCUCUCCGGCACUGCGUGUCCACUGGGAUGGCUGAAGCCCCCGUCACUCCUCUGUUAUCCUCCAUCACACAGAAAGGAAGGAACUACUUCGUGAUCGCUGAGAAAGCUCCAGGAGCUACGAGCCAAACGCCUGCACGCUAGACUUAACCUGAUUCUUAUGGUGUUCUUAUGUAGAAUUUGUUUUACACUUAAAACUUAAAAGUAUGUUUUAAUCCAUUUUAAAGUUUUAAAUAAAGGUUUUUAAUGUUC